AUGUUGAGGUGGUUAGUCGAUAAGGAAGCUGACAAAGAGAAGGAGAAAGAGAAGGACAAGGAAUCCGAGUCCCAGUCGCUGAGACACCCGGGUUCAACGGACAACGUGAAAGAUGAAAUCCACGACCUCCGAGACGAGGUGGUCGAGCUUCAAGGCCGAUUAGGCGAACUAGGCCGGGAGAUGGCGAAAAUUGCAACGGCCCCCAAUAAUCUUUCUGCAGGACCUAAAGCACAGUCCGCUGCUGUAUCGGUAGCACCACAAACCACUUCGUCCAUCGUCACGCACUCACAUCCGACUUCUUCAAUUGCAACGCACUUGACAGGAUCACCGUCAGCACCCAGCACGCCCAUCCACCAUCCCAGGUCAUCAAGUACCACUGCCAGAGAAUCUAUAAGUCCGCCUAUGACUUCGAAGAGGAGAGAAUCGGGCACGAGGUUACCGUACCCUGGGGGAGAUUAUUCUUCUCUGCCAGACACAUUCUCCCCCUGUAAUUCUCCACCUUCGUCGAUCAGUUCCGCUAUGAGGCCAUUGUCCACGGCCAUUUCGGGUUUACCCCUCCAUUCAUCCUCAGGACUGGGUACACUACCAGGUGCUUCAUAUUCUACCACCUCUCUUUCCUCGUUGGCUUCGGGUACGGGUAGGCUGUUGUCCCCGCCUGCUCAACCCAAGUUCGCUCCUGCCUCUGCUCCUGCCAAUCGAACAGCCAGCCCAACACCCGCACCUGCAAAAGGACGAGGAGCACAACAAGGUUUGCCGCCACCCCCGAAAUCGGCUGCUGGGAAAAGACAAACGAGUGUAAGCCCUACGCCGAGGAAACGGUACACCGUUGCGCUUGGAGGGCCGAUAACUGCCCCGAUCCCUGGAGUUUGGUAUGAUUCCAUUCAUCUGCAAACAUCCACAUCAAUCAAAAAGUGGAAGAACUGUAGGAGGUCUCCAAUGAGUUGA